AUGUGCCCCUCAGACAAUACGGACCCGGGCUUCGAGGUGAACUACACCGAGCCCAGCUGUGCUGCGGGCUACACCGGCCACGCACGCUUUAUUUGCGAAGCGUCAAGUACUGGCUGCGAGGCCAUCUCCAUGCUCGACGGGUGCAAUGAGGCUCAGCCCUGUGCUGCGCCCAGCUUCCCCCGCUGUGCGCAUGUUGAUAGCUCCCAGUGUGGGCAAUUGGAGCCAACGGAGGACUGCAAUCUGACGUGCGUGUCUCCCUUCGUAGGGGAGGCGACCAUUGCAAGCUGCCCCUUCGACAACCAGAACACCUCCAGCUGGCCAGUGCAUCAGAUGCCUCGCUGUGUGCGGCCCUCCUGCCCGGAGCAGAUUCCACCAGGCUACCAGAAGACCCUCCAGGGCUGGCGCUGCGCCCGUGGCUACGCUGGGGAGGUGCGGCAGUCCUGCCACGCCGCGGAGGAUUGCUGCGAGUCCUUUCUGCGCUUGGAGGGCUGCCGUCCCGUCGUCGGCUGCAAGCUGCCAGAGCACGAUGCUUGCGAGCUGGACUUUUCAGACUGCAUGAACAUCUCCUCUGGUGAGGAGUGCGAGGUGCGCUGCCGGGCGCCCUUCACGCAGCUCCGCGGCGGCGGGUGGGCGCAGUGCGCGGCGGAGAACACGGAGCUGGGGAAGCUGCUGGACUGGGAGUCCCCCAGCUGCCAGAUCCUGGCGUGUGAGCGGCCGGCGGAGCCGCCCGCGGGCUAUGUCUACAAUGGCCUGGCGGAGGAGUGCGCUACGCUGGCAGCGCGCUGGGCCGCUGUCUCGGCGGGCUGGAGCCACAUUGCACACCUCGGCUGA